AUGUCGAGUUUAAAACUUAAUUUUUUCAACCGUUUACCUAAUGAAAUAACAAUCAACAUUCUUGGACGCGUUGCUUCUCAACAACCAUUUGAUUUGUUCUGUUGCAAAUUAAGUUGCAAGAUUCUAAAGACCCUUUCAGAUGAUGACUCUGUCAUGAAAAAGGUUGUUAUUGAAACAAUAAUUGAUCGUAUUUGGAUGGUUAAUAGUAAUGCUAAGAUUUUCUUUGGAAGAUGCCUAGAGUGCAAAAAUCCUGAUGCCCUAACUCGAUAUGGCUUGGUACAAAUUUAUACCCAUAAUAAUUACAAUAAUGGAUUGUGUAGUUUGAUUGAAGCUACAAAAGUUGGACAUGCUAUGUCAUCAUAUUUGCUCGGAUUAAUUUGGCUAUCUUCUAAAUCCGGAGAUGAUAUAGAGAAUGGCCACUAUAUUUUGACAACACUACUUAAACAACUAACGAUGGAGUCAAUUAUAAAGUGUAGAGAGAUAUUUAAGAGAAUGUUAAAGACUAUUUGGAUAAGAAAUAGAUCGAAAAUGUCAGACAAGCCACCCUUGGUUUGUAAGACCAAUGAAAAUCAGCAUAUGAAGGGCAAGAUGUGGGAUAUAGAAGAUGUCUAUUAUGUUCCUAAUGGUUAUGAUACAUUGGACUGUUAUAAUUGUAAGUGUGAUCGAGAAGUUCGAUUUUUCUACAGUGUUAUGAAAUAG